CGAAGCCUAGAUAGAAGGGGAACGAACGCAGUGUUAUAAAUGUAUCUACGUAUAUGCAGCAUGAAAGGAUGAUUUCUACUGCCACUAGAGAACGCGUCAAUUCGAUGGGUCAGAUUUUUCAAAUAUAUAUAGUUAUAUCCACGAAGCUAAGACUUCAUGGUUGUACCCACAUAGAGUUUCGCACGAAAAUCUGAACUCCCAAACACCAGCGCUACCCUCAUGGAGAAUUAUCGUACCCGAUGUUUCCUCAUUUUCAACAACACAAAUUCAACGACAAUGCGUAUCGCGUUCGUUCUCCUUCUAUCUAGGUUACAUGGUUAUUAAAGUGAGAGUAGUUUUUUAAAAAUAAAUAAACAUAUAAAUAAAUAAUAUUUAAACAUGCCAACUUACGAGAUGCCUUUACUUAUUCGCAUAAUGAAUAAGCCGGAGACAUUCAACGCUUUGAAGAGAGUAGCAACGGCAAUCUUUGACAGAGGUGGAAUUAUCAGAAAAAUAGAAAAUUUAGGUGUUAAAGAAUUACCAUGCAAACUCUCUUUUAGAGGAAGCACAUAUAGAGAAGCGACUCAUUUCUUGUAUUAUUUUGACGUACCUCCAUCAACGUUAACAAAUCUUAUCGAUGAAUAUAAUCGAGAUAUUGAUAUUCUUAGAAAUAAAGUUUACAAACAAGAAACCCCAAAGCCAAUUGAAUGUACAUUGCACGAAGAAUUAUUACCUCCUAUUUACAGGAAAGAGGUACAAAAAUUAAUGGAGAUUGGUGCUAAACAGAAAAAGAAACACCAGGAAAAACAAUUUAGCCGUAAAUUGAAGUAUUAUCCUUCCAAAUCAAAUCAGCUUUAAUAAUAUUUUUAUCUAUCUAUAGAUAUUGUCGUAAAAUAUUAAAUAUAUAUAUAAUACUAUAUGUAUAUAAUACUAAUGUAUAUAGUUUAACAAUAUAUAAAAUAAUUCUCUUUGUUUGGUCAACGGCCUCGCCUCGUUGAAAAAACUAAUUCCCUUAUCAGUAAAAUUGAGCAACGAUGCUGGUAAUUGAAUGACUCCAAGGAGGUAUCAAAGAACAAAUUUGUAAAAAAUGGACUAUAUAUAAUAAAUUAAUGAAGACUAUAGACUCUCUACGUUUGAGAAGAUCAAAUUAUUGAAUUAUAGUUAAAUCAG